CAUCUUCUGAUAUUUAGCAAACAGACUGUUUGGUUACAGAACUGCUGCGGAUGAUACAGAUGAACUGAAAGAUGGGGAAAUCAUUUUAGCGUUAGGUGAAAAAAAAGCAAUGGGCUACUCGUCUUUCUUUAAAAAUCAGGUUUGAAGGUGAAUAUUCAGCCGUCAGGAGUCUUUUUUUCCUUCUUUUUCCUCGCUGCCAGCUUUAUAAAGUGUUUAGGUUUGGUAUCCUGACCACAAAGCAGAGAAGAUGAGUAAGUGUAAGAAUGAUCUGAGUGAGAAAGAGAAAGAGCGGCUGCUGAUCCGCCGAGCCAGUGGAGCCAAAGCCUCUCAGCUGGCUCAUAUGGAGAAGAUGCUGCAAGAAACCAAAGGCCUGCUGGAAAAGAAGAACGAGACAGAAGUGGAGACAGAAAGUCAAAGCUGUGGGGACACUAUGGUGUCAGAUCUCGAACAGAAGGUCCAGCGCAGCAAGCGAGACCGUCGUAACUCUCUGCACCGCACACAGUUGCUGGAGAGUCAGAUGAAGACGGUGCGCGGGGAGCUGGUGGGGACGCUCGACCACCUGCAGGAGCUGCGCAACAUCCUGAGGCGCUCACAGCAGAGAUCAGAGGAGCGCGAGGCCGCCAUGCAGAGACUGGCAGCAGGUCUGAGGUGAGACUCCACCAGCUUUCCUUCACCCGAUCCAGUUCUCUCAUCGGAUGAAGACUUUACUAUAUGCUGUUCAUCUCAAAUAUCUGCUUAAACGCACAUCUAGAAUGACUCUGGCCCACACUGUAAUGUAAAGGAAUGAACCAAAUAUAUCUUCUUUAAGCAUGCCACAGUUACUCAAACAGAUGGCAUGAUCGGUUUACACUACAAAGAUCCAUUUUGGUGUUCUGACGUUACUGUUGGCCUAUGAUAGCAUCCUGUUUUUAUCUUCUGUUGUCACCAAAAUGCCGCCUUUAAACCUUAAUUUACAGUUUAAGUAUAUAGGCAUCUACUGAAUGCCCUGUUAACUUGUGAAACAAAUUUAACAGCCUGUCAUAUUUGACAUUUUAAUGGGCUAAUUUAUAUUUGAAUGCUUAAGGCAAGUGUUUUUUUUUUAAUUGUAAGACUGUGUACAAAUUGUUUUAGUGGAAAUUGUUUAAGUGGGAAAUGAGUCCAGUAAUUCUUAAUAUGGAUGUUUUAGUCAGCCAUAUUCAUAGUUCCAGCUGUUUUGUGUUUUCUUUUCUUCUGUGACUUUAUGAACUACCACAUGUAGGUUCAUUGUGAAUAUUAAUCAGCAUUUCAGUAAUGUACUUGAACUUUACAGGUUGUGUGUGUCAUACUGUGUAUACAUUUCUUCAUUAAAAUAUUGAUCUGUCCUUCAGGUUAUAGACUUUAUGAAAAGAAAACAUCAAUCUUAUCCAUUUCAGUAGUGCAUUUCCUUCCCUUAUCUCAAAGCUCACUUUUUCAUGUUGCUUCCAGGAGCUCUUGCAUAAGAUCUAAGUCUACUUUUCAGAUCCUCUGCUUUGUCUGAAGUUCUUUCAUAUUUUCUGUCCUCAUUCAACCCUUACUAGUGAGGUACACUUUAACAGCAGUGACCUGACCUCACUUCACCUUGAGAUGAAAGCUAAAAACUGUUGUUUUGCAUGGUACAUCCACACCAAUAGGUGUCAGUAUACAUUCAAGUAGAAUGCAGUAUCUGUCAGGUUUAGUUGUGGUCAUGAAAUGGAGUUCUUGAUAAAUUGUUUUUUUCUUUCCUACCUGCAUUUUAAGUUGUGAAAAACUGAACACUUUCCAGGUCCAAGCCUCUACUCUUUUGUAUUGAGAAGAUGUUUAUGUCAGUGUUUAGUCAUGUCACACAUUAAAGCAUUUUUUUUUUU